AUGUUCCUUGCCUUUCUUCAUCUCCAUAUUUCUCGCCUCUUACCUUCUCUUUUGACCUCCCGCGGCGCCUAUCUGACCCCUGUGACCUCCAGACAGCCUGGGCUCAGUGCCACCACCCUCGCCUCGGAAUUACCGCAGAAAAUGACAACAAAACUCAGCGAAGUGUCAGCAGACCUACUACCGUCAGCCUUGAGCUUGAGCUUGAGUUGGGAGUCACCCAGCACUUGCAAUUGCUGUCGGUGUAACCUUUGGAUCGGCGUUCUCCCAUACACACUGAAAAUGGAAGAGCGGGGCAGGAAGUUUGAAGCAUUAAAGCUUUCCCUCCCUCCCCCCUCCCUCAUCAUUCAUCACAUUCACACCUGUUCCCCAUCCCCAUCCCUGUCCCUGAGGGGACCCUGCUUUCAAUCAAGCCUGUCGCUUGUCAAUACUUCGCUUCGGUUCGGCUCCCAUUUUGUCCACAUUCAAACCAGCCCAGCCCAGCCAGCGUCCAGUCUGCCGCCGCUGCUGCCGCCGCCGCCCCUGCCUGCCACCCACCGACGGCUGCCUGGCUGUCUGUCCUCCCCGAGGCUCCCUGCAGGACUGGCCGUGGCGUGUGCUGGUGACAGUGGUGCAGGAAUGGAGGGUGUGAGGCCGGGCAGCGGCAUGGGUGGCCAGUGCCAGCAGCAGCAGCAGCAGUCAGCCUCAGGUGUGGGGAGGCACAGGCGUGGUGGCAAGGAUCACCAGGAGACAGGCAGCUCUGGCCACACAGGACAGAGCAGGUUUGAGUGCCAGCAGUGUGACAAAACUUUUACCACCAAACAAGGCCUCACCACACACACCCUAGCACACAGUGGUGUUAGGAAUUAUGAGUGUGGUGACUGUGGGAAGAAAUUUGGCAGAAAGUCUACCCUCACCACACACAGCCUGAUUCACAGUGGUGUUAGGAAUUAUGAGUGUGGUGACUGUGGAAAGAAAUUUACCCAAAAGUCUGACCUCAAGAGACACAUCCUGACACACAGUGGUGUUAGGAAUUAUGAGUGUGGUGACUGUGGGGAGAAAUUUACCCAUAAGUCUUUCCUCACCACACAUAGCCUGACACACAGUGGUGUUAGGAAUUAUGAGUGUGGUGACUGUGGGAAGAAAUUUACCCAUAAGUCUUUCCUCACCACACAUAGCCUGACACACAGUGGUGUUAGGAAUUAUGAGUGUGGUGACUGUGGAAAGAAAUUCAGCAGAAAGUCUGACCUCAAGAGACACAGCCUGACACACAGUGGUGUUAGGAAUUAUGAGUGUGGUGAGUGUGGGAAGAAAUUUACCCAUAAGUCUCACCUCACCACACACAGCCUGACACACAGUGGUGUUAGGAAUUAUGAGUGUGGUGACUGUGGGAAGAAAUUUGGCAGAAAGUCUACCCUCACCACACACAGCCUGACACACAGUGGUGUUAGGAAUUAUGAGUGUGGUGACUGUGGGAAGAAAUUUACCCAUAAGUCUCACCUCACCACACACAGCCUGACACACAGUGGUGUUAGGAAUUAUGAGUGUGGUGACUGUGGGAAGAAAUUUGGCAGAAAGUCUACCCUCACCACACACAGCCUGACACACAGUGGUGUUAGGAAUUAUGAGUGUGGUGACUGUGGAAAGAAAUUUGGCAGAAAGUGUCACCUCACCACACACAGCCUGACACACAGUGGUGUUAGGAAUUAUGAGUGUGGUGACUGUGGGAAGAAAUUUACCCAUAAGUCUUAUCUCGCCGUACACAGUAUGACACACAGUGGUGUUAGGAAUUAUGAGUGUGGUGAGUGUCGUAAGAAAUUUACCCAAAAGGGUUCUCUCAAUAGACACAUUCUGAUACACAGUGGUGUUAGGAAUUGUGAGUGUGGGAAGAAAUUUACCAAAAAGUGUUCUCUCACCACACACAGCCUGACACACAGUGGUGUUAGGAAUUAUGAGUGUGGUGACUGUGGAAAGAAAUUUACCCGAAAGUCUACCCUCACCAAACACAGCCUGACACACAGUGGUGUUAGGAAUUAUGAGUGUGGUGACUGUGGAAAGAAAUUUACCCAUAAGUCUUCCCUCACCACACACAGCCUGACACACAGUGGUGUUAGGAAUUAUGAGUGUGGUGACUGUGGGAAAAAAUUUACCCAUAAGUCUUACCUCACCACACAUAGCCUGACACACAGUGAUGUUAGGAAUUAUGAGUGUGGUGACUGUGGGAAAAAAUUUACCCAAAAGUCUAACCUCACCACACACAGCCUGACACACAGUGAUGUUAGGAAUUAUGAGUGUGGUGACUGUGGGAAGAAAUUUACCCAUAAGUCUUACCUCACCACACACAGCCUGACACACAGUGGUGUUAGGAAUUAUGAGUGUGGUGAAUGUGGGAAGAAAUUUACCAGAAAUUCUCACCUCACCACACACAGCCUGACACACAGUGGUGUUAAGAAUUAUGAGUGUGGUGACUGUGGGAGGAAAUUUACUGAUAAGUCUACCCUCACCACACACAGCCUGACACACAGUGGUGUUAGGAAUUAUGAGUGUGGUGAGUGUGGGAAGAAAUUUUCCCGAAAAUCUUAUGUCACCACACACAGCCUGAUACACAGUGGUGUUAGGAAUUUUCUCGUCUUAAUCAACACACCUUCAGACACACUGGGUUGA